GUUUUACUAAAAGAUAUGUGGGUAUUCAACAUAAGUAUGACAAUGUAGUUCAUUGAAUAAAGAAAUAUAAAAAAAAAUCAGAGUAUCUAACUUAUAUAUAUGUUGCAACGUUUGUAUCGAACUAGAUGUAAUACAGCAAUUAUUCAAGUAAAUAGCUCUUGCUAAGCGUAUCAUUAUAAUGACUCAUUCAUACAACAGGUGAAUAAUAAAAUAACUAGCUAUUUGGCUAUUACAAGGCUAGCUAUUACACCAUAAAUAGCCGGAUAGUUAAGUCACAGAUAUUUCGGUUAAAGACAAUCCCUAGUUGAUACAGCUCACGUCACGAACAAACCUCUCAAUCUAACAACCGACACUUGAUAUUAUAUUUACACUUUUUGUUUUGUUUUUUUUUAUUCGUUAAUAGUUUUUAAAUAUUAAAAAAAUAAUUAUACUACGUAUCUUAAUUUUGUUUAAAUUAAAUUCGCUUUGGCGAAUUUCGUAAUAUUAUUCACAAACAGAAUGAAACGCCCUUGUAAGUUUCAAUAAAUAAUUAUUUUGUCAUUUAUUAUUUUUUUUUGUCAUUUAUUUUGCAAAUAGGUUAUGUAUGUCGUAAUAACAAUCUUGAAUAUACCAAUACAGUUUUAAGGUGUUCACUAUAAUUUAUGUAAUUUAAAUAUGCAAACUUGCGAAGAAAUCUAUUAUAAACUAGAAAGUUUUAAGGAUAGUGUUAAAGAAUCUUUAUCAGAGAUUGAAGAGUUGGAUGUAACUUGUAAAACAAAUCUACAAAAUUACUUGAACAAUAUGAAUUCUAAAAAUCCAACAGCCAUCAUAAAAAUUCAAGCAAUAAUUGAUUAUAUGUAUGAGAGAGUUAAUAUUGGUAAUUGGAAAGAGGUGAAGCUGUUUUUAAGAAAAACCAUCACCAUAGCAUCAUAUUUGAAGUUAGUGUAUCAUGUGAAACAAGCUGAUAUGCUGGAUGAUUUGUUUAUAAAAGAAUCAUAUAAAAUUAUAGAUUUUGGUAUUCUUUUUGGAUGUCCUUUAGAUAGAGAGCCUAAAUUGCUACAAAACUGUGCAUCAUGUUUCAAUGAUGUCUCGCAACCAUCUUUUUAUAAUGUAUGUAAUGAUAAGUGUAUGGUAGACAGUGUACAAGAAAGUAUUGACUUUGAACAUAAUAAAUACAGUACUCACCAUCUGGAUGUUCUUGAUUGUCCUAGUAUGGAACAUUUUUAUAGAAAUUAUAUUUUAAAAGAACAACCGGUAAUUUUAAAUAAUUGUAUCAAUCACUGGCCAGCUCUAAGUAAAUGGAAAGACAUAAAUUACUUAAAAAAAGUUGCUGGCUCAAGAACAGUACCUAUAGAGUUAGGUCGGGUUUAUACAGAUACUGAUUGGACACAGAAACUAAUGACAGUAGAUGAGUUUAUAAGUAAACAUAUUUACCAAUGUGAUAGUUCCACUGGAUACUUGGCCCAAUAUCAACUGUUUGAACACAUCCCAGAAUUAAAAAAAGAUAUUUCAGAACCAGAAUACUGCUGUUUCUCUGAUGAUGAGGAAGCUAUCGACAUAAUGGCUUGGUUUGGUCCAAAAGGUACCAUAUCUGCUCUACAUCAUGACCCCAAAAGGAACUUGUUGACUCAAGUUAUUGGUGAAAAACGUUUAUUCCUAUUUUCGCCCAGUGAUUCAGAUUUUUUAUAUCCACACGAACAUGAGUUAUUGAACAACACAGCACAGGUAGACCCGAGGGAGCCAGAUCUAGAGAAAUAUCCCAAAUAUAAGAAUGCCACACCAUUUUACUGUGUCCUACAUCCUGGUCAGAUGCUGUACAUACCACCAAAGUGGUGGCAUUUUGUUGAAUCACUCUCUAUAAGUAUAUCAGUAAGUUUCUGGUGGAGUUAAAACAAUUCAUUUCAUCAAAAAAAAGAGGACAAUUUCUAAUAAAAACAAUAUUUAAAAAUAAAAAUGAGGAGAACAGAAAGAAGUACAAUGACUAUUAUAGCAAAGGAUAGAUACAGAUAGGAAACACUCAAGACCCUUAUGGAAAUGUUUUAAGAUAUUACCUCUCAUCCUAGUUCCUGAUAUGAAGUCAAAGUCUUCCUUGCGCGUUGGAUCAAAGAACGCCAUCUUGCCGACUGAAAUGUCGUAAGCAGCUACGCGGAAUGGAAUUAUCUAGAAAUUUGAUUACAUAUUAACAGUCGCUUCAACAUUAAUUUGGAAAGUGCAAUAAAUAGUAGAUUUGACAAAUAUAUUUUUUAUAUUAGGUUUACUUAGCAAAUGAUUUUGGUAGGGCUUUUAAUCAAAGUAAACAGUUUGUAAAAUAAUUAAAAUAAAAAGGUUUUUGUGUUUA